AUGUCUCAACUACAGGUCGAGACGUCAGCACUAAACGGCAUACCCUCGUACACCCAAGUGCCAGAAACAAGUUAUGAUUUGGACUGGGCCGACCUUGCCACCCUCGACCUGUCGAUCUUCAAUGAUCCCGGGGGCAAGCAAGCUCUGGCAGCACAACUGAAGAAUGCCAUCGAGCAAAUCGGAUUUUUCUACAUCAUAAACUUUGGUGUAGAUCAAGCCGAAGUUGAUCGGCAAUUUGCUAUUGGGAGGGAGUUCUUCAAUCUGGAUAUCGAAGAAAAGCUGAAGUAUCGUGCGGACUUAGAGAAUGGGGGAUACAACGGGUACAAACCACUUGGCAUUCGAGAAAUUGCACCAGGCUACUUCGACAAUACAGAAAUAUACAACAUCCCUAAGUUCAUACCUCAGUACGACCGCUCACAUCCAUCCCUAAUCAAGGACAACUGGCCGGCAAUAUCGAAGUUUGGAAAGUAUAUUCACGAGGAGGUAGUAUGUAAGCUCUUGGUGCUCUUCGCCAUUAUCCUAGAGUUGCCUGAAGACUCCUUCCUGAAGACUCAUCGCUACUCCGAAAAAAGCGACUGCCAUCUUCGCUACAUGAAGUAUCACGCCAGGACCCCGGAAGUCAAUAAAGCCAUCAAAAAUGUCUGGGUGAAAGGCCAUACCGACUUCGGCAGCUUGACUCUACUCUUCCGUCAGCCAGUUGCAGCGCUCCAGGUACGGACUCCACAAGAGACUUGGAAAUACGUCAAGCCGUACCCGGGGAGUAUCACCGUCAACAUUGCAGAUUCAUUGUCCUUCCUCACCAAUGGGUAUCUUAAAAGUAGUAUCCACCGAGUGGUAGCACCACCACCAGAUCAAGCACAUUUGGACAGACUAGGCAUACUGUAUUUUGUCCGGCCAGAGGACGAUCUGGAGCUGAAGACGGUUCCAAGUCCACUCCUUAAGCGUCUGGGACUAGACAAACAGGCGGAUGGUCCUGUGCUGACAGCCGGAGAGUGGGUGAAGGCACGAGUCGCGAAGAAUGUGACUAGAGCUGGUGACUCGACUCAAGAAAAUGGCGAGCAAGAGAUCAUCAAGGGAGUUUCUGCCAAGUACUAUGAUUGA